AUGGCCGGAGUGCGCGAGAAGCAAGAGGCUCCGUUUGGGGAAUCUGACACGUUCAAGCCCGAACACAAUGUCGACCCGGAGCAGCAGAGGCGCUCCUCGGUCACCAGCGUCCAAGGGCGCAAGAUGAGCAGGAUCGGGCCUCCGCCCACAAGACUGGCUUCACUGCCCAGUGACUCGGAUGCUGUAGAUGACUAUAGUAAACUGGUCCAGAUGGAGGCCGACGAUGCUAUCAAGUACAGAACUUGCUCCUGGCAAAAGACUGCUGCCUUGCUCUUCUCCGAGUACAUUUGCCUGGCCAUUAUGUCGUUUCCUUAUUCAUAUUCCGUGCUGGGUCUCGUUCCGGGUCUCAUCCUGACUGUGGUUCAAGCCGCAUUUGUUCUCUACACCUCUCUAGUUGUCUGGGAAUUCUGUUUGCGCCAUCCCGAGACAAAGGACGUCUGCGACAUUGGUCAGAUGCUUUUCUGGAACUCCAAGUGGGCAUGGUAUUUCACCGCCAUCAUGUUUCUCCUGAACAACACUUUCAUUCAGGGUCUCCAUGUUUUGGUCAUUUCCCGGUAUUUGAACACGAUGAGCGGUCACAGCAUCUGCACCGUAGGCUUUGCCGCCAUUGGCGCUGUCGUGUCCUGGGUUUGCUCCAUGCCGCGCACAUUCAACGCUCUCUCGAAGUUGGCUCUUUUUUCGGCCUUUUUCACUUUCGUCAGUGUCAUCCUCGCCGCCGCCUUUGCGGGUGCCGAAGGCAAGCACGGCACUGCCGGCUACAACCCCGACCCCAACCAUAUCAACGCCGCGGGUCAGAAAGUUGGCGGUGAACCGCUGGUCUUGGCUAUUCCGCUCGCCGGCACCACGUUCGUUUCCGGGAUGAACGCUUUUUUGAAUAUCAGUUACACUUUCAUCGGCCAGAUUACCCUGCCGAGUUUCAUCGCCGAGAUGAAGAACCCCUACGAUUUCCGCAAAGCGAUCUGGAUAGUUACCAUCUGUGAGAUUAUCGUGUUUAGCUUGGUUGGGGGUAUUGUGUACGGCUAUACCGGGACACAAUACAACACCGCGCCGGCCUUUGGUUCCCUGGGCAACGAUAUAUAUAAGAAGGUGUCCUUCUCCUUCAUGAUUCCAACGCUGAUCUUCCUCGGCGUGUUGUAUGCCUCUGUCUCCGCUCGCUUCGUCUUCUUCCGAAUCUUCGACGGUACAGUCCACAAGACCUCGCACACCGUGGUCGGCUGGGCCUCCUGGGCGGCAAUCCUCGCAGUGACCUGGAUCGUCGCAUUCAUCAUCGCUGAAGUCAUCCCCUUUUUCUCCGAUCUGCUGUCCCUUAUGAGUUCCCUGUUCGAUAGCUUUUUCGGCUGGAUUUUCUGGGGUGUGGCAUACCUCCGCAUGCGAAAAGCCGACCUGGGCCCAGGGUUCUAUCGCAAACGCGGGAUCCGGGGAUGGGUCGGCUUCUUGAUGAACAUUUUUAUCAUCAUCGUGGGGGUUUACUUUUUGGGAGUGGGCACCUAUGCGUCUGUGGACAGUAUAAUCCUCGAUUACAAAGCCGGCAAUGUCAGGGGUGUCUUCACAUGUGCAGACAACGCGGUGUAG